CACUUGGAGUUGCCCACUUGUGAUCCUAUAAGAAGGCUGCUAAAUUUAUUCACACUGGGCCCUCGUGUGAAUAAAUGUUUUAAUUCAGAUAUUGUUGUUCGGGUCUCACUGCACUGCCAUCUUUGUGCGGACUUGUUUUACUGUGGCUGAGCGCACACUCAUAAUCAGCCACGGUUCGCUCAUGCUAAGCCCGUGUUUCCUACCACGCUGAGUACUGAGGGGCUGAAUCCUGGCACUCGGCACGCUUCAGGUCAUCCAGGGUUGCUACCCUGCAGCACUCCUGCGUGUUCAGCGUACCGGGCACCUGAAGCUCCCAGCGGCAGGUGGACGCAGGAAGGCUGUAAGAAGCUCUCCGUGGUCGUUUCAAACGGCUGCUUUUCCCGGUUUUACUCAAUCGAAAGAGGUCCGGAGCUCUGGCCCGUGCCUCUGUCUCCCCCUCCUGUCCUCAGCACCGGGUUGCGUUUUCCUCGAUUAUUUUCCACUCACUUUCUCGCAGUUUAAAAUGGCGGCGUUGAGCAGCGCCGAGUCCCCACCGCCCGUCUUUAACGGAGACACCACGGAGCUGGAGCCGGGCAGGGAGCGGGGCCUGGACGAGCUGGGCGCCGGACUGGACUCGUCCUGCUCGUCGGGGAUCCCGGGAGGUCCGCAGGAUGAGGAGAUCUGGAACAUCAAACAGAUGAUAAAGUUAACACAAGAACAUCUGGAGGCUCUCCUGGACAAGUUUGGCGGAGAACACAACCCUCCCUCCAUUUAUCUAGAGGCCUAUGAGGAGUACACCAGUAAACUGGACGCUCUGCAGCAGAGGGAGCAGCAGCUGCUGGAGGCCAUCGGUAACAGCGCAGACUUCUCCUGCUCUCAGUCAGCUUUACCAGCCCUUCUUGAAGUCAAGAUAGGAGGUUGUGGGGUUGGUGCAGGGCCUCAGGCUUUCCCCUCGGCCCCGAACACUUUGGCUGUCCUGCAGACCCCCACUGACACAAGCCGAGCCAACCCUCGCUCCCCCCAGAAGCCCAUUGUCAGGGUCUUCCUCCCCAACAAACAGCGAACAGUGGUCCCGGCACGCUGUGGGAUGACUGUGAGGGACUCCCUGAAGAAAGCCUUGAUGAUGCGAGGACUCAUUCCAGAGUGCUGUGCGGUCUAUAGGAUACAGGAUGGAGAGAAGAAGCCUAUUGGCUGGGACACAGACAUCUCGUGGCUGACGGGGGAGGAGCUGCAUGUAGAAGUGUUGGAAAACGUGCCGCUCACCACACACAACUUUGUGAGGAAGACCUUCUUUACACUGGCCUUCUGUGACUUCUGCAGAAAGUUGUUGUUCCAGGGUUUCCGCUGUCAGACCUGUGGCUACAAGUUCCACCAGCGGUGCAGCACUGAGGUUCCUCUCAUGUGCGUCAACUACGACCAGCUCGACUUGCUACUAGUGUCCAAGUUCUUCGAGCACCACCCGUUCACCCAGGAGGAGGUCUCCUCAGAGGGAACCACGCCUGUGUCUGAGGCCUGUCCGUCACUUCCCCCAUCCGACUCCACCGGAUCAAUAUGCCACACCACUGUGUCACCGUCCAAAUCCAUACCCAUCCCACCCAGUUUCCGGCCCAACGAGGAGGACCACCGCAACCAGUUUGGCCAGCGAGACCGUUCAUCCUCUGCCCCCAAUGUGCACAUCAACACCAUCGAACCGGUCAACAUCGAUGACCUGAUUCGAGAUCAGGGCUUACCAAGGUCAGAUGGAGCCCCCCCGACCCACCCCGCCUGCUGCUUGAGGAAGCACCGAACACGGACCUCAAGCCCCCUCCUAUACUCCUAUCCCAAUGACAUAGUGUUUGAUUUUGAGCCCGAGCCCGUUUUCCGAGGCUCGACCACAGGUCUGUCGGCCACGCCUCCCGCCUCUCUGCCUGGCUCUCUGACCAACGUCAAGGUCCCACAGAAGUCGCCGUGCCCACAGAGGGAGCGCAAAUCGUCGUCCUCAUCUGAGGACCGCAAUAAGAUGAAAACCCUGGGGAGGCGGGACUCCAGUGAUGACUGGGAAAUCCCGGAAGGUCAGAUUACUCUGGGUCAGAGGAUAGGCUCUGGAUCUUUUGGAACUGUCUUCAAGGGAAAGUGGCACGGUGAUGUGGCAGUGAAGAUGCUGAAUGUCACCGCUCCCACGCCACAGCAGCUUCAGGCAUUCAAGAAUGAAGUGGGAGUCCUCAGGAAAACGCGUCACGUGAACAUCUUGCUCUUCAUGGGCUACACCACCAAGCCCCAGCUGGCCAUCGUGACCCAGUGGUGUGAAGGCUCCAGUCUGUACCACCACCUGCACAUCAUCGAGACCAAGUUCGAGAUGAUCAAACUGAUCGACAUAGCCCGACAGACGGCUCAGGGCAUGGAUUACCUGCAUGCCAAGUCCAUCAUACACCGAGAUCUGAAGAGCAACAAUAUUUUCCUCCAUGAGGACCUAACAGUGAAGAUCGGGGACUUUGGUCUGGCUACAGUGAAGUCCCGCUGGAGUGGCUCCCACCAGUUUGAACAGCUUUCAGGCUCUAUUCUUUGGAUGGCUCCGGAGGUAAUCCGGCUGCAAGACAAGAACCCCUACAGCUUCCAGUCGGACGUGUACGCCUUUGGCAUCGUACUCUACGAGCUGAUGUCAGGAGCGCUGCCCUACUCCAACAUCAACAACAGAGACCAGAUCAUAUUCAUGGUGGGACGAGGCUACCUGUCCCCUGACCUCAGCAAGGUUCGCAGCAAUUGUCCAAAGGCCAUGAAGAGGCUGAUGGCUGACUGCCUGAAGAAGAAGAGAGAGGAGCGGCCUCUCUUCCCUCAGAUUUUGGCAUCCAUUGAGCUGCUGGCUCGCUCAUUACCCAAAAUCCACCGCAGCGCCUCGGAGCCUUCGUUAAACCGAGCUGGUUUUCAGACAGAGGACUUCAGUUUGUAUGCCUGCGCCUCACCUAAAACCCCCAUCCAGGCCGGCGGUUACGGGGAGUUUUCAGCAUUUAAGUAAAUGGCGGCAGAUACCAGCAGUCCAUCCCUCGUCACUCCUCAACAGUCUUGUGUCCCUGCGGUGGAUUCAUUCAUUACUGGGAAAAAAAAGAAAAAGGAAAAAAAAUACGCCGUUUUCUUCCUCCGUCACCUCGAAGAAGGCAGCCUCACUAACAAGAAGCCGUCCAUUGGGCAGACGGCAGCAACACACACAAACAAAUCAGGAAAGACGAACAACAACAAAGCGAAGACAAAGAUAUCCGUACCAAACCGCUUUGAGGAAGACGUGGAAGUAAUCGCCUUGCCUGAUGGAUCCAAGUUGACCCACAGAGGAAAACCAUUUAAAGGAGAGCUUUGGAUGCGAGUUGUCCGGUCGCCCGUUGUGCCGGUGAGGAGGAGCUGGGCGUUAGCCGUGCUGCUGAGCAGAGAACAGGCCUGCGGACCGAGAGGAGGCUUCAUGCCGUCAGCUGCUGCAAGGCGUUGGCACUUCCUUGGGAUGGGCUGGAGGAGAAGGAGCUGAUUCUGAAGGACGAUGACUUGAAAGAGAAAUCUGUUUGUAUUUUUUUCCAUUUGUGUUUUCCAUUUUAGCUAGCAGCUGCUGGGAAUACUUUCUGUCUUGGAUCUUUUUCAAAGACUGUUGCUGUUUUUUGUUUUCGGUGUUUAUGGAGUUUGUCUCCGACAUGGCAGCUGCUCUCUGCCAGCGAGGCUCUCUGGGUUUAAUGGCAGGACAGCAAAAGAUCUGCACAUCAACCAUGUUCUUCAUUCCACUUUAAAAGCUUUCCCCCUUUCAAAGGAUAUUGCGGUCAUGUGACAAGCAGCAGAAAUGAUCAUUUCCAAGGUAACAUCAGGUCGUGUUCACAGACAGAGCGACGGCAGCCGAAGGUUUCAGCUGGACCUGCUCGUGGGGUACGGCCUCUCCGAGCUCUCACCUUGUUCUGUGACAUUUUCAGCGUUUCUUUGCUUCUCAUCGUUUUCACAGAUUGUUUUUCACACUAAGUGCACGUUGUGGCGUUGCUUUAUCUUCUUCCUGUGGGACCACGAAGCUUUAACGUUGCACUCGGCUCACGCAGACAUGUUACUGGCUGCAGCUCGUGGGCGCUGAGCUGCAGAGUUACCUGCUGUUGAUCAAGAGUUCUGCAGCUUUGAAAGUUCUGGAAAUGUCCUCUAAUCCCACCUUUUAUGUUCUCUGUACUCUGUGUUUAGAUUUUUGUUAUGCUCUUUGUUUGCCUUCUUCCUGUACAGGCAGGCCUGCACAUAUUGACUUAUUUAUGGGACUUUUUUAUGGGUUUAUUUUCAGACUUUAUUUUAUUUUAUUUUUACAACCCUUGUUUUAGUCAUGUGACUCAUAUUUGCACUUUGAUGGAUUGAAGCGAACGAGUGACUCGCCUUUUUGUUUUUGUUUCUUUGUUUCUAAUUGAAGAAAAAUGUGAGCGAGCAGAUGGCUCAGACUUUGACUUCCAGUGAAGCUGUCCUCCGCAGGUGCAGGACUGUAAAUAUUCAUUCGAGCACCGCGUGACGAGCCUGCAGACCUGCCGGCGUACCGCAGUGACGGGGCUGCUGGCCUCUCCUCGUGGACGGAGAGCGCGCGGCUUGUUGACGUGUCAGACCGAGCGCCGACAGGGCGGGUCUUCGCAUCCAUGUGUGACUUUCUAUUACGAAUGAUGGAAACGGACAUUACCUGUCACCUCCAUGGCUUCCCUUCCAGUGCGUUUGUAUUUUUAACGUUGACUCAGUCGCCACAUCGUGAGAUGAUCUGCUUUAGAAAAUCUAACUGAACCGUCGCUGUCACGUAGCCAACAAACGUUAGAUUCAAAGUAUCUGCAGACAAAGAGAACCUACCAGGCUUCAGCCCACAGCACCGUGGGCUCAGCUGGGGUCUUACUCCACAUGAGUGGCACACAGAGCUGAGGGGGUCGUGGAGUCUGUGAGACAAACCGUUGCUGUAUAAAUGUCCACCGGCUGUCGGCUUAGUUUGUUUCCAGUUUAUUACAGAGAGACCACGUUGUUGUCACCACUUCAACUUGCUGGACGCUGCCUGUAGUAAAGUCAGACCCGGACUAAACGUGACAGCAGUGACAGCAGACAAAUUCAAAGACUUGAUCUGAUAAAAGUGAAAGCUUUUCUUGCUGUGUGUACACUGGACGUGCAGGUGGCUGUUUGCUAACACAUCAGCCACGAGCAAAGCUGCAGGGACAUAUCAGGGUGCACCGCUGAACACAGUUAGCGUUCGUGUGCAGUCAUGACUGAACGUUGUAGUUACCGUCAUCAAUUCAAGGAUUAUGGAAUUCUUCUGACAGCUCUGAGCAGGCACCGUAUCGUCCAGCGUCACAUCUCAGAGCGAGAAGCUGGUUCGAUUGAAAGGUUCGAAUUAAGUGUCCGGCGCUCAAAACUUCCAGAAGCCCAGAACCAAUCGUCGAUCAGUAAUGAGCGUUUAUUUACCCGUACCCGCCUCCGUCUGCCACUUUUAGAGAUGAUAUGUGAGGUCAUGUUGGCCUUUUUAUUAAAUUACAUAUCGUCCUGUCACUGGGGAGGUUUUGCUGCUACCCACGGCUCCGUAAAGCUUUACCCACAGCUGCCGUUUUCUCCAGAGGACUCUUUAAAGUCUCCUGUGCAGCUGAUUGUGUCACCAGAGCGAUCUCUGCUGGUACCUACAGAGGAGGACGAGGUCCGUCUGAAUGCUCCAGUUAUCAGUUUGAAGCUUCGUCACGCUGCACAAACAAAGACGUGGACGGGUAAAGUCUCCUGGAUGGUGUGUUGCGUUACAUAAGCUAAAAAGUUACUUUGCUUCCACAGUCCUAAAUUUCUUACAGAGGCACUGAAAUCCCAACUGCACAUCAGACUUUUCACAAUUUUCCACUCGUCUUGUUCACAUGAUCCACAGGAGCUGCGUCUCACGGUCUUCUUCGGUCACACAGAAGUGAAACUGUCCAAAGUUUGGAUGGAAGAGUUCUGAGUUCACGUUGACUAAAAGCACCAGAGAUAUCGGUGGAGAUGCUGAUGAAGACCGUGUGAUGCAGCACCUGGAGUGUGAGCUAUUUCUGAGCUUAGCCUCACAGCCGCCUUCCACAGGCAGUGUUAACAUCCUCCUUCCUGCCGUCUGCAGAGCUGGGAUCAGCUCACGUGACUGAAUUCAAGGAAGGAUUUUGACGUGUUUUUUUUCGAGAGUGCUCCGUUGGUUUUCCUGGGAGAUGGUUAUUUUCUAUAGGAAUACGAUGUACAUCUGCUCUAGCUUCAUAGAUCCUGCAGGAGCAAACACUGGACUCUCCGUCUCAUGCAGCGCUUUCCGUUAACCGCCUUCUUCUACUUUCACGUUCCUUUCUUCUUAAACAUUCCCUCCCUCACUCCUUGCCUGCACCUUAAACCCAACAAUUCCUUUCAACCGAGUACUAUCAUGUAAAACUUUAGAUUUGUUUGGUUUUUUUCACCUGUAAAUAUUGUACAAAGGAAAUCCUGUCAGUUUGCUAGGAGGCAUGGAGACAACAACUGUACAAACAAAGUACAACACGUUCCAAAUAAAGUCACAAAGAUUAAAAGACAUUUUCAUAGGCAAACAAAUGUUUGAGUGUAAAAAUAUUUAAGGGUGUAUCAUACAGAGAAAGAGCUUAAUGUAUUUGUUGUGAAUAUAAAAAACUGAUAUAUUAAAGAAAUGCAUGAAAACUUUA